GAAUUCAUUCAUUCAUCGUUUGCUCUCGAGUCUUCGUUUUUCGCUUUAGAUUUCGAAAGCUCUCCCUCUUCUGCUUCUUCUCCCGUUCGUGACAUUCCAAUCCUUUGAUCCCGAGAUGAGCGCCGGCGAGUUGCUUGGGAUCGAGCCCUUGGAGCUGAGAUUCCCAUUUGAGUUGAAGAAGCAGAUCUCGUGUUCUCUCCAGCUAUCGAACAAGACCGAUGAGUAUGUUGCUUUCAAGGUCAAAACGACGAGCCCUAAGAAGUACUGUGUUAGACCUAACACUGGAGUGGUGUUGCCGAGGUCCACGUGCGAUGUUAUUGUAACAAUGCAAGCACAGAGGGAAAUGCCGCCGGAUAUGCAGUGCAAGGACAAGUUUCUUGUACAGAGUGUUGUGACAGGCCAUGGCGCAAGCCCUAAGGACAUUACUCCGGAAAUGUUUACCAAAGAGUCCGGCAAUGCUGUGGAAGAGGUAAAGUUGAGAGUUGUCUAUGUGUCGCCCCCGCAGCCGCCCUCUCCAGUUCCUGAAGGAUCUGAGGAGGGCUCAUCACCUAGACCCUCUAUAUCUGACAAUGGAAAUGUGGCCGCCUCUGAACUUGUUAAUGCGGCAAGGGCAUUUGAUGAACCUCAAGAAAAAUCUUCAGAGACAAAGGCCCUGAUUUUAAGGUUGUCAGAGGAGAAGAAUUCAGCAAUUCAGCUGAACAACAAGCUUCUACAGGAGCUGGAUCUUCUGAGGCGAGAAGUCAGUAAAAAACAGCGUGGGGGAUUCUCAUUCAUGUUUGUGAUCAUUGUCGUUUUGAUUGGUAUUGUUCUGGGCUAUCUUAUGAAGACAUGACCAUUUUCAGACUUUUCACUUUGAUUAACCCCACAAGGAAAAGACGGGAAAGACAUAAAUUUGACUCAGUCUUUGUCCAAUUGUAUCAGCAUGAAAUCCAGAACAGAGCACAAAAGAAAAAAAAAUUUCUAGAAUUGAUUGGUUUUUGUGUUUCUUUAACUGUUGAGCAGGAAUCUCGAUCUCUGUAACACUUGCCUCAAUGAACCAUUUGAGUAACUUCUACCUUUCUUUCUAAUUAUUCACAUUUUACUUAA